AUGGAAGAUCCACAGUGGAAAGCGGCAACAACACAAGCACUGACCCGUGAAUCUAGAAAAAGACAACGAGGUGUAUUCAGGCGGCUCACAACAUCUCUCCACCAAGGAGAGCGACAUGCUAACAUAACGAUGCAUCAACCAAAGUAUGAAGCGAAGAUCGCAAAGCAAAAAAAGCACCUACUCAUAGAAUAUGAACCAAAAUCCCGUGGGAUGAAAGGAAUGGGUAUUAAAGCCAGGGACAGAGUGCCAAUCCUCCCACCAUGCAAACUUUUCUACAGGAGAAAACAACUAGGCACCCCCAACGCAUUAAACGACACACCAGGCAAUAACGUGAGACACAAAGUUGAUAGACGAGCCAAACAACGCGUAUGA